AUGAUGCGACGGCCGCCUCCCGAUAUUCGCGACACCUACUCGUUGCUUGUGCUCAACAUCACCUUCCGCACAACCAGCGAUGAGCUCUUGCCCAUGUUCUCGCGCUACGGCGAGGUGGUCGAUGUCUUUAUUCCUCGGGACAAGAGGACCGGCACGUCGCGCGGGUUCGCCUUCGUGCGCUUUAAGCGCGAGGACGACGCCGCCAGAGCCGUCGAGAAGCUCGACGGUCGCACGGUGGACGGCAGGGAGAUCAUGGUAAAAUUCGCCAAGUACGGCCGCAACGAGGAGAUCAUUCGCCUUGAAUUGAAACUGGACGUUUUUAUUCCCCCCCGUGCGCACACGCCUUCGUCCUACUAUUUAUUCCUCCCUCCCCCACCUUUUCUCUCACCCCUUCCCCUCGUUCUCAUUCCUUGCCCAAAUCGCUCCUCCCAUCUCUCGCUUUCUCCCUUGUUUCCCUCCCCUCCCCCUCCCCCUCCCCCUCCCCCUCCCCCUCCCCCUCCCCCUCCCGCUCCCCCUCCCCCUCCCCCUCCCAAACCCCCUCCCCCUCCCCUUCCCCCCCUCGCAACCCCUCCGACCCCUUCCCCCUUUCCUCCCCGUGGUUUGGCAGUGAGAAAGGGCUCAUCAAGGACAUGGCAAUCCGCCCCCUCCUGGUCCGCCGCCUUAUGCCAGGCGAGGAUAUGA